AACAUAAUGGAAUUUUGCCAUCUCACAGGUAUUAAUAAUUUCACCUUGGAACGCAGUGCUUUGAUUCUUUGGUUACCCGCUUACAAUUAGCAUUUCCAGCUAUUGAAGAAGCCGACGCAGAUUCCAUUAAUUUGUUAUAUUAUUUCUGUGAUAAAUCCACUUUUAUUUAUAUCUCUUUCUUUGGCUCGAUCGAAUCAUCUAUCCGAUUAUUCUGUCAUAUUUGGGACAACACAUUAAUUCUCUUGCAGAGGGUUGAUGGCGGUUGCAGCAGCGGGGCAGCUUAAUCUGGAGGAGUCCCCAUCGUGGGGAUCUCGUAGUGUCAGCUGUUUCGAGAAGCUUGAGCAGAUUGGCGAAGGAACUUACGGUCAGGUAUAUAUGGCCAGGGAAAUUCAAACAGGUGAAGUUGUAGCUUUGAAAAAAAUUCGAAUGGACAAUGAAAGAGAAGGGUUUCCAAUAACUGCUAUUCGUGAAAUCAAAAUUUUGAAAAAGCUGCAGCAUGAUAAUGUUAUUCGGUUGAAGGAGAUUGUAACUUCUCCUGGUCGAGAUAAAGAUGACCAAGGAAAGCCAGAUAGUAAUAAAUACAAUGGGAGCAUUUACAUGGUCUUUGAGUAUAUGGACCAUGACCUGACUGGUCUAUCUGAUCGGCCAGGAAUGCACUUUACUGUUCCUCAAAUAAAGUGUUAUAUGAGGCAACUUUUAACAGGGCUGCAUUACUGCCAUGUCAAUCAAGUACUGCAUCGUGAUAUUAAAGGAUCAAAUCUGCUUAUUGAUAAUGAUGGAAACUUGAAGCUUGCAGAUUUUGGCCUUGCAAGGUCAUUCUCUAGUGACCAUAAUGGAAACUUGACAAACCGUGUUAUUACACUGUGGUACAGGCCUCCAGAGUUACUGCUAGGCUCAACAAAGUAUGGACCAGCAGUUGAUAUGUGGUCUGUGGGUUGCAUUUUUGCAGAGCUUCUCUAUGGCAAACCUAUCUUGCCUGGGAAGAACGAGCCUGAGCAACUCAACAAAAUUUUUGAGCUUUGUGGAUCUCCAGAUGAGGGUAAUUGGCCAGGGGUGUCUAAGAUUCCAUGGUAUAACAAUUUCAAGCCACCUAGGCCAAUGAAGAGACGCUUGCGGGAGGUUUUCAAACAUUUUGAUCGACAUGCAUUGGAACUACUGGAGAAAAUGCUGACUCUGGAUCCAGCUCAGAGGAUUUGUGCGAAGGAUGCUCUUGAUGCAGAAUACUUUUGGAAUGAUCCUUUACCAUGUGAUCCUAAGAGUUUGCCAAAGUAUGAAUCCUCACAUGAAUUUCAGACAAAGAAAAAACGCCAACAGCAGCGACAACAACAUGAAGAAAUGGCAAAAAGGCAAAAAAUACAGCAUCCCCAGCAGCAGGUCCGUGUUCCCAAUAAUCAACAAACUGUACAGGGUCAUCUACCACUCAGGGCUGCUCCUAAUCAACCAAUGCACAAUCCUCCCCCUACAGCUGCAGCUGGACCUAGCCAACAUUUUGGUAAACCUAGGGGACCUGCAGGUCAGAAUAGGUACCCUCAGGGUGGAAAUCAAGGAGGAUAUAAUGUAAAUCGAGGAAAUCAGGCUGGUGGCUAUGGUGCUCCCUAUCCACCUCAAGGUAGAGGUGGGGGAUUUUCUGCAGCUGGUAUGCCUGGUCAAGGACCAAGAGGAGGAGGUGGAAAUUAUGGGGUUGGUGGUCCUGGUUAUCCACAAGGAGGUUCUUAUGGUGGAACUGGUGGAGGGCGAGGUCCAAUGGGAGGGAAUCGUGGUCAGCAGUUUGGGUGGCAGCAGUAAACAUGUGUUGUGAUAUUGCUGACAGAUCAGUUGCUUUUGGGAAUUUGAAAUUUGCAAGCAAAAUUUCAUGUUUGACAUGUUCAACCAGCUUUACAUCUUACUUGUACAUCAAAAGGUUAAUAACUUAGUACCAUAGCAAUGAAGCAUGUGUUUGUUUCUUAUUUAGUUCAUAAGAAAUAUGUGCAAAUGUGCAACAUAUAUGCAUGAACAUAUUUUGUGACCAAUUUUUUUACAUCUGCAUUGUGUUCCGUUAUUUCUGUCAGGAACACAUGGUUGCAUUGUCACCGCAGUUGAGAGAUCCUCUUAAAAGAUGUUCUUGGUUUUUGUAGCAAAUGCAGUAUAUUGAUGUUGAUGGAAUAUAUGCUCGCUUGUCAAACUCUGGCACGUUUUGAUUUUCUCCACUCUACUUGUAGAUGAAUUGGUGGUUGGCAGUUGCAGAAUUUUUCAGUUAACAUGGCCUUUGAGUAUUGUGUAAUUUUUCAAGGAUUAGAAUCUUAAUUUUUGUCCUUAUUACAUUCUGCCUAAAGAAGAAAGGCAAAUAACUUUUUGUAGUCGAUUGGACUUGUGUGAGCUUAUCAUUCCUGGCCACAAUUUGUACUCUUAAUUUGUGGUAUGCAUUUUCAAGGUAUAGAGCUUUUCUACAUCCA